AUUAACAAAACGAACCCCCGUAACUCCCCGAUUUCCUUCCUCCGCCCAGGUAAGGUCCACGGCUCCCUCGCCCGCGCCGGCAAAGUGAGGGGCCAGACCCCCAAGGUGGCCAAGCAGGAGAAGAAGAAGAAGAAGACGGGGCGGGCCAAGCGGCGCAUGCAGUACAACCGGCGCUUCGUCAACGUCGUGCCCACCUUCGGCAAGAAGAAGGGCCCCAACGCCAACUCCUGAACCCCAAUAAAGGAAUUUGGGUCCAAUUCCCAGCA